AUGCUACCCUCCUCGGUGCGGCGGGUGGUGACUGCCGCACCCCAAUCACCUCUAUUAUCGACCUUUGCUCCGGCGAGCGCCCGCGCGCCAGCCGCCUUCGCCUUCGCCAGCAAUGCAAGAACCCAACAGCGAAGACGGUACUCAUCCUCGAAACCAUCUAGUCCGAAUGACUCUCCCAAGCGCUUCGCGGAGGGUCAAGUGACUGCCGCGCCCGCCCAGUCGACGAAACAAGGCGGCGAGAAGCGGAGGCGCAAGACCAAAGACAACAUGGAGCCGCCAUCGAACCUCCCCAGCGUGCCCACCACCGAUCAUAUACCGCACGAAGCACUGGCCUCGUCAACCUUCUUCUCCCUCCAUCGGCCCAUGUCCGUGACCCACAGCUUCCCGAAGAUCAUCACCGACGAUACCUUUGCCCAGAUCUUCGCGCCGCGACCGAAAGCCACCAAAUACGCCGACGUCGUGUCAACCCUCGCGCGGACAGUCGACCAGAUCGAGCAGCCCUUGAAAGGUCUGAGCAUCAGCACCCAGCAGGACGGUGAUGCCCCUGCUGCAAUCGCCGAAGCAAACGGCGAUGAGCCCAUGCACACGAUCAACGUCAGGCACCCGGACGGCAGCGAGUCGAACGUCUAUGUGCAGCUAAACCACAUGUCGGGCCAGUUCCUGCCCUUCCGACCGCCUCCACUGCCCCAACCGCAAUCCGAGUCCGCCAGCCUGGCCGAGGACCCGGAUGCGGCAGUGGUGGAGCAGUCCCCGCAAACCCGCAUCUACAAGGCUACAUUCACCCUCGAGGAGACCAUCGACUCGAACGGUGAGGCGCGUAUUGUCGCCCACAGCCCGACACUACUCGAAGAGGACGGCAACAAGGGCAACGCGGUGCAACCGCCGCGCUCGUUCCUCGAACGCAUGGCCAUCCGACAGAUUCGCCGCGAACAUGUCCGCGGCCAGAGCUCCGACAUGCACGCCAUCAGCGUCAAGCGGCAGCGCAAGCUCAAGAUGAAGAAGAAGAAGUAUAAGAAGCUGAUGAAGCGGACUCGCAACGAUCGGCGGAAGCUGGACCGCAUAUAA